GGCGAAGUGGAAGUGACGUGUCGGAAGCCGGGUGUGGCGGCGCGGAAGUGGUGGAGCUAUGGAGCUGAGUGAGAUGCUGUACAACAAGUCCGAGUACAUCGAGACGGCGUCCGGCAACAAGGUGAGCCGUCAGUCGGUGCUGUGCGGCAGCCAGAACAUCGUCCUCAACGGCAAGACAAUAGUUAUGAACGACUGCAUCAUUCGGGGUGACCUGGCAAACGUAAGGGUCGGACGCCACUGCGUGGUGAAAAGCCGUAGUGUCAUCAGACCACCCUUCAAGAAGUUCAGUAAAGGGGUCGCUUUCUUUCCUCUCCACAUUGGUGAUCAUGUCUUCAUAGAAGAGGACUGUGUUGUCAAUGCAGCCCAGAUUGGCUCCUAUGUCCACAUAGGCAAGAACUGUGUCAUUGGUCGUAGAUGUGUUCUGAAAGACUGCUGCAAAAUCUUAGACAAUACGGUAUUACCUCCUGAAACGGUCGUCCCACCUUUCACAGUAUUCUCGGGCUGCCCAGGACUCUUCUCGGGGGAACUCCCGGAAUGUACCCAGGAACUCAUGAUUGAUGUUACAAAGAGCUAUUACCAGAAGUUCUUGCCGCUCACUCAGGUGGCCUCUGCCAGGGUCUAAAAACAAGUCACCACUGAAGAUGUCAAAUACUCAGCAAUGUUAACAUUCCUUAGAUUUGGUCACUUUGCCCUCCUGUUCUCUGAAGCAUCUCUCUGACCUGGGCUCAUCUCUACACCUCUGCCAGCUCUCUGGAAUGAUGGAGUGUCAGUAGGUUGCAGCAUGCUUCUACAGCCCCUGGGAACUGUAGUUUUCUGAUGUCAACAUUCAGUUUAGUGAAGUGCAAUGAAACAUGACAUCCAAGAGAGUGCUUUGCUGCACAGCCAGAGAGGAGCUGUAGGCGCGUGGGGAAGCGUGAUGCUCAAAGGGAUGGGGAGGGAAACGUGAAUCCCUUCUUUCAAGACUCUCUUAGGAAAAAGUGAUCACUUCAAACAGUAAAUCACUGUGUUGCUUCAUCAAUCCUAUGUACUUCACUUUGCUCUGACCAAGACUGGAGGCGCAUGCUACUUGUGUAGGGCAUUUAAAGUCCUCAGGAAUGUAAAAUGGGGGCUUCAGAAUGCUUUUCUCUUUUACUCUGGGCCCACUGUCAUCUGCUAGGGGUUGUAGUACCUGCCUGCUACUGGAGUCAGGAGUGACUGUACUGGCUGUAACUAGCUGAGUGGGACCAGGCAGUGCAGCAAACACGAUCUGUUUGGAAUUUGGCUGGAAUGUGCCCUGACCCCAGUCACCCUCCCCACUGCUGCACAGCAUUGCUCCCAAAGCCAGACUUCUGCCGACCUGUGGGACCACAAAAGCACCUGUGAGCCAGACCUUCCCAUUGCGUAGCUACACUUACGUGAUGCUUUGAGCCAGUGCUGAGGGGGGAGAUCCAGCCGCUCCUUUCCCGAUCCUCAUCCUAGCUUCAGCGUACAACCGUGCGUGCCUGGAGGGAGAGAGCAGGCUUAUGGCCCAAGGUGCUAGGGCUGACCCGUUUCUGUGCCGUUCUUGGUUGUUCAUUGGUGUUUCAUUCUGAGCCAUCAGGCAGCAAGAUCAGAUUAAGGGUUUAGUACCUAUGCUAAAGUUACUUUUCUUAACAGAUGGUGUUCUUAGAUUACAGGAACAAGCUCUCCAAGCCCUAGUACAUAUGUGGUCCCUUGCUGCCAUUUUCUUUCCUAACUAGUAUCCCACAUGGUCACUGGGAUGAGGAAGGUGAAAAAGUCAUUAACAAGGUCAGGCACAAUUACUCAGCUGGCAAAAUCUCACCCCCAGGUGACAGAGAGGGAAAGGAGAGGCACCACAAGAGAAGCUGAAAAUGACAGCAGGACUAUGUGGGACUACAGACUAAAAAUCAGCAAAAUGACCAGAUUCUUGGGGGAAUGUGGACGUAUAUAAACAAGCAAUGUCUUACCUUGGAGCAGUCACAAAAAUGUGCAGGGAACUGAACUGUCUAGUUGCCAUUUCUCUUUCACAGAAAAAACUUAUCGAGUACAAACUAUAACAUGAAUUUCCCUUCACAAAAUACUUAAACUAAGUCUGCUGGAAGGACUUGACUGAAAAGCUGCUUACAACCCACAGCGGGGGGGGAAAAGGACUCAAGCUAAAAUCACCUUUGGCUGUUUCUCAUAAAAGUAAUCCCCUCCAAAUGCACUUAACAAAAGCCACUUGUAUUCCUUACUGGGAAGACAGCUCUGCAACUAGUACCAUCUCUGUAUUUGUCUCCAGAAAUUCUCUUUGACUUCCCAAAUCCACAAAUCAUGGUAUUGAUUCAAACAGCUAUAGAUGUGCAUAACACAGCCUUGAGGAAUUCUGAGUAUUUCAAUAUUGUCCAGCACUGCCCCAGUCUUUGUGAGCUGGUUCUCAGCUAUAUCUCAUCACCCCAGAACCUGCAUGCUUGUACUUGUGCCUGUGUGCUUACCUGAGCCCUUUUUGUACCCACAAAUAAACGGGUAAAAAAGAA